AUGCGUUCCAAGUUCAAGGACGAGCACCCUUUCGAGAAGCGAAAGGCUGAAGCUGAGCGUAUUCGUCAAAAGUACGCUGAUCGCAUUCCGGUCAUCUGUGAGAAGGUCGAGAAGUCGGACAUCGCUACCAUCGACAAGAAGAAGUAUCUGGUGCCUGCCGACCUCACCGUGGGUCAGUUCGUCUAUGUGAUCCGCAAGCGCAUCAAGCUUUCCCCCGAGAAGGCCAUCUUCAUCUUCGUCGAUGAGGUCCUCCCACCCACGGCGGCACUCAUGAGCAGCAUCUACGAAGAGCACAAGGACGAGGAUGGGUUCUUGUACAUCACGUAUUCGGGCGAGAACACGUUUGGUGACUUGUAA